AUGGACGAUGGCCCCGUCUACGUGCGAGAAAAGGGAAACCUCCGUCGGGUCAGUGACAUCGUUCUGUCGCAGCCGAAGCCCGCGUCGUCCUGCCGGAGGACGAACCCACUGGUACUGAGGAAGGAGCACUUCGUGUUCACCUACAACUCCGAGGGCAGCCUGCGGUACACCACCAAGUCCCUGUUCGACCUGGCGCUGCUGUUCGUGGCUCACAACAUCCACCACGUGGACUCGCUGGUGGGCUUCCCCGAGCAGAUCGGGGACCGGCUGUUCGCCGCCGCAGUGGAGAACCGUGCGUUCUCCAACACGGACGUCUCUCCCAAGGCGCUGCGGUUGUUCAGCGACGCGUACGGGCAGAUGGUGCUGGGAUCCCUGUGUCUGCGGAACAGGUUUCCACUCCUGCACGAGAGGAUGGAUGAAAUUAAAACCUUUCACAGUUUGAAGUCACUGGAUUUGUUUGGCUGCAGACUGGGUGACGAUCAUGAGAUAUUCCAUCAUCUAACAUCCACCUCAUUGGCAAACAGUUUGAUUCAUCUUUCCAUCGGUGGUAACAGUCUGUCGGACGCUGGCUUACAAAGACUGACUGCACCCGUCCGGAUGAUGAGGAGGGGACUUGAUCGUCUUCAGCUCCUGGAUGUUUCCUAUAACCCUAUCUCAGAGAGAGCACUUAGAUACCUCACAUGCCUCCCAAAACUGGAAAAACUUGACGUGUCUGGGACCAGUUUGAAGCUCAAUGCAGGUUGGAAGAAGACCAUAUGGAAGCUGUUGGGACUCGUUCGUUCUGAGAAACCUUUGGACCUCUUCGAUCACUUGAGGUGUAAAACAGAAGGCUGGGCCGAACAGGUGGUUAACCAGUGGGAAACAAAUACCGCCCAAAUGCCAAAACAGAAAAAAAUUGAAGCAUCAAGAACAUCAGCGCUACGCUUUUUCGGAAGGCAGAAGUUUGUGAGAGAAGUCCUGAAUGCAACCCCCCUGGUAUGUGAGAGUGAAGAAGAGGACAAGAGGGAGAGAAUGCAUUUCUACCGACCUGCAUCAAAUUAUCACAUGCCUGAGAAACAGGUUCCACACAAGACAAAUCAUCCUGCAAAGAGUUCCUGUCAUGGAAUCAAAAAAAGGCCGCGUCAAUCAGAAGGAUGUGACAGCUCACAUCUGAGCCCCCCAACAAAACGUUCACCCUCAUCAGCUGUUAAUGCAGAAGACCUUGAACUGUUGAAUAGCUAUUGAGGCAUGUCCCACGUGAUAUUUCCCAAAGAGUAGAGCAUAGCUCAAGUACGUCCUAUAACAGGUAACACUCAAAUUAACAAAAAUGCUGUUUUUAAAAUUAUUUUCUGAAUAAAGUUCAAUAUUUAA